CCGCGAGAGGCGACGCGACGGGAUAUGAAUAUAUGACACGUCGCCCCUCUUCGUAUUCUGGAAGCGCUUCACACUUGACUUCACUUCUCUUCUCUGCCACACGUCGCGCUUAAAACCCCUUCGCUAGCUCUUCUUCCCUUUUCCGCGCCACGGUCCUCGCCGACCGACACAUGGACCCCACCUUCGCCCCCAACGGCGGCGCCGGCGCCGUCGACGCCACCUCCCCGUCCAGCACCACCGUGACCCUCCCGGCGCUCACCCUCCGCGAGGUUCCUCGCCUCCCGGCGGCGCCCUCGGCGGCGGCGGACAACGGGAUCCCCAACCCCAUCUCCCACCACCCGUACUUCCACCCGCCCGCCACCUUCUACAUCUCCCCCGGGGACGUCUCCCUCCGCCACGCCUUCUUCGACCUCGCCUCCGCCACGCCGGCGCCGCUCGUCGCCUACCGCCGCGCGGGCCCCCGCGGGGAGCUCGCCGUCGACCCCGCCCGCGCGCGCGCCGCGCUCGUCACCUGCGGGGGGCUGUGCCCGGGCCUCAACACGGUCCUGAGGGAACUCGUCGUCGGCCUCCAGGAGCUCUACGGCGUCCGCGACGUCUUCGGCGUCGCCGCGGGGUACCGCGGGUUCUACGGCCCAGACGCCGAUCACGUGCGGCUGGACCCAGCCGCCGUGGACGACUGGCACAAGAAGGGCGGCACCGUGCUCAAGACGACUCGGGGUGGAUUUGAUCUCAACAAGAUCGUUGAUGGCAUCGUCGCACGCGGGUAUACGCAGGUCUAUGCAAUUGGCGGGGAUGGAACAAUGAGAGGAGCUGUGGCCAUCUUCAAAGAGUUUAAACGUCGAGGUUUGAACAUAUCCAUUACAGGGAUCCCAAAAACUGUGGACAAUGAUAUCGGCAUCAUAGACAGGUCAUUUGGGUUCCAAACUGCUGUGGAGAUUGCUCAGCAGGCAAUCAAUGCAGCACAUGUUGAGGCCGUGAGUGCCAUGAAUGGCAUUGGACUCGUCAAACUUAUGGGCAGGAGCACAGGGCACAUUGCUCUUCAUGCCACCCUGAGCAGCCGUGAUGUUGACUGCUGUUUGAUUCCUGAGGUUGAUUUCUACCUUGAAGGCAAGGGAGGCCUGUUUGAGUUCCUGUAUGAAAGGAUAAAGAAGAAGGGACAUGCUGUUGUUGUGGUUGCUGAAGGUGCUGGUCAGGAAUUGAUUCCAAGGACUGAUGAUCAAAAGCGAGAGCAGGAUGAAUCUGGUAACACUGUGUUCCUUGAUGUGGGUCCCUGGUUAAAAUCUGAGCUGGGUAAAUGGUGGAAGAGAGAGCACCCUAGCGAGUUGUUCACUGUGAAAUAUAUCGAUCCCACCUACAUGAUUCGAGCGGUUCCAGCAAAUGCUACUGAUAAUCUAUACUGUACAUUAUUGGCACAUUCUGCAAUCCAUGGGAUCAUGGCUGGGUACACUGGCUUCGUGCCUGGCCCGAUAAAUGGGAACUACAGCUACAUACCUCUGGAAGAUGUUGCUGUGGCGAAGAACCCAGUGGAUGUGAAUGAUCAUAAAUGGGCAUGGGUUAGAUCAGUCACAAACCAACCAGAUUUCCUGGAGCCCAAAUACUAAGAAGACACGGAGUGCAAUGCUGUCCGGACGACUAUAUGAUUUUGUUCUCCCUGGAGCCAUGACAUGUUAAGCUUGAUUGCCUUUGAUCUAGUUUCUUCUCUUGUUAUAUCGACCUCUCAAUAAGAUGUUAGAUAUUCUGAUCUCCUGGCGUGUGGGUCUAUGGACACUUCAAAUCAUGUUAGCAGGUAUUGCUGUAAAUCUGUAGUGUGUUUUUCAUAAAUAAAUGCAGUGCCACGAAGUGCUGUUUUUCAUUGGCA